GUAGGGUUUAAAUCGGCGCGCGUCGUGGUUUUUUUUCUCAUAUCUACAGUUUCCUAGCGCGCUCCGCCCUCGUGCCGGGGAGAUUAGAGCGUCGUUUGAGCCAGAGUUCGUUUUCUUCCCCCUACUUGGUCUGUCAACAUGUCCCGUGUUUAUGUGGGAAACUUGGACCCGCGAGUUACUGAACGUGAAUUAGAAGAUGAAUUUAGAGUAUAUGGGGUAUUGAGAAGUGUUUGGGUUGCAAGGAGGCCUCCUGGUUAUGCUUUCAUUGAAUUUGAUGAUCGUAGAGAUGCUUUAGAUGCAAUCCGCGCAUUGGAUGGAAAGAAUGGAUGGCGUGUUGAACUUUCACACAAUUCCAAGGGUGGUGGACGUGGUGGUCGUGGCCGUGGUGGAGAGGACAUGAAGUGUUAUGAAUGUGGGGAGCCUGGACAUUUUGCUCGUGAAUGCCGAUUACGUAUUGGUCCUGGUGGAAUGGGAGGUGGGCGCCGCCGUAGUCCUAGCCCUCGAUAUCGCCGGAGCCCGAGUUAUGGUCGCAGAAGUUACAGUCCACGUGGGAGACAGUCACCACGGCAUAGGAGCACCUCUCCCCGUCGUGGACGAAGCUACAGCAGGUCACCAGCUUACUACCGAAGCCGUCAUGACUCGCCAUAUGCAAAUGGGAAUGGGGAACGGCGUAGGAGCAGAAGCUGAUUUGCUGAUCUGCAAAAGAAUGAGUUAGGUGUUUGUUUAUAAUAUGCUGAUAAACUGAGCUUUUUUUACUACAAACAACUACCUUGUUUGCUGCGUUGGAAUUGGAGUUUAUACCUCGCUUAUGUGUGAUGAACAAACGGCUUCUUCAAACGGGUUUGCCACUAAUGAGGCUUUCAAACUCCUUGCUAGUGAUGGGGGAGAUCUCUCCUCAGUUGCUUGGCACUUGAAUAGGUUAUUUUCCAUCUUGAUUGCCUAAUUUAUUCCUUUACAUUGCCCAUAACGACUUUGUUAUCGUCUUUCCAUGGUUUGUUAUAAUCAUUGUUAAUAUAGUCAUUUGGGCUCGGACUUUAUACUUUACUUAGACCUGCAACUUUCUGUUGUUUUGAGGUGGAUUUCUGCUUAAACGACAUCGGGACUUCUAGUUUCUCCUUCACGGGUUUUCUGCUUCAUGCUUCUCAUCAUCUCUGUCGCUUCUCCUGCUUUCCCUGCUCAAGUCGCUUGUCGACAUCUUCAAUGCUGGGAGUUGCUACUUUGUUAGUUUUGCCGCGUUUUCCUGUUAUCCUUGACAUAGCAAAGCAGUUCUACCAUUUGUGAAGAUGAACGCUUGCAUCUGCCUCCUUCGGUUCAGUCCUGUUAUAGUUCUGCGACUUUACUCCAUGGCGGCUCAAGCAUUUGCCUUCUCCUGUCACACUGGAUGUUGAUUUGCACCCUGGUACGACUCUUUUGUGCCUGUCUUAGUGGAUCUCCAUCUCCAAAAGAGUGUCUGCGUGGACCGUGGAUUCCUGAUGUUGUGCAUCUCCGUCCACAAGAGACCAUCUGCAUCCAGUGUGGGCUUCGGUAGUAGAGCGUCUACAAGAGAGUAUCUGCAUCCGUGUGGUUUCCGUCGGUAGGUGCACCUCCAUCUACAAGGGAGACAAUCUGCAUUGGUUGCAUUGUCAUGGUAUAAUAUGCACUUGAGUCCUGAGGCUGGUGUGGUCAUUUUGGCGUACAAUCCAAUGGGCUUAUUCUUAUCAUUUGUUGGAUUACAAUCCAAUGGGUUUAUUCUUAUCAUUUCUUGGAUUGUUGGCUAUGCAGCUUGGGUGUUGCAGACCGCAAUCAAGGUCUGUCUAAUUGAUGAAAAAAUAGAUUGGGGUACUGCUAUUAACUAAUCUCCUUAAUCUUGAUUACUGAGCAGCUUUGUUGAGGUUGUUUGACCAUGUAUUCCGAUGUAAAAAGGAGUAUGUGUUGAGAUAAGUAUGUAAAAUUAACCAUGUAGAACACAGCGAACCUAUUGAAUAUUUUAAUGACGAGAAUUUCAAGUAAAUUCAGGUUAACGAA